AUGUUCCCUGCGCCGAGUACUCACAAGGUAGAGCAGAACGACAACCUGGACGCCGAAUCUUCCACCACCUCAUCCAAGCCAGCGACCGAUGCUGCCCCUACCGCCUCCGCCGCCCCGCGCUCGCCCGCAGGACGCGGCCCCAGAAGGCGACAAUAUGGCCUGCAAUCGACCAAGCUUGAGGCUGUUGAUGACCCGCUGGGCCCUCUGGGUGCUCCCUCGCCGUCGACAGGCCCUGAGGUUGCUCCCCCAGCGCCGCCUCAGAAGGAAGCUGCUGCGUCGCGCACCACUCGGGCCGCCCCCGACGCCUCCACGCCUUCGCUGCGCGGCAUGAUGGAUUCGGUCGACCUUGAUGACGACGACGCGCAGCUACGCUCUUCUCAAGGAGCCAGAGUACCGCCUCCAGUACAGGCUCCUUCGAAUGCCGCCCCCCAGCGCCAGACACAGCCAAGCGUCAGCGUUGAGCAGGCCGCGAAGCCGUCCUUUGCCAUUUCGGUGGGCGACCCUCACAAAGUCGGUGACCUCACGAGCUCGCACACAGAGUACUCCGUUACUACCAAGACGACGUCCAAGGGCUACCGCAACCCCGAAUUUACCGUCUCGCGCCGCUACCGUGACUUCCUCUGGCUAUACACACAACUGCACAACAACAACCCCGGAGUCAUUAUCCCUCCACCACCGGAGAAACAGGCCGUUGGGCGCUUCGAAGCCGAUUUUGUUGAGUCGCGACGCUCCGCUCUGGAGCGUAUGCUGAACAAGGCGGCUGCGCAUCCAGUGUUGCAACACGACAGUGACUUGAAGCUGUUCCUCGAAAGCGAAGCCUUCAACAUGGACAUCAAGAACAAAGAGCGCAAAGAUCCCGGUAUAAGCGAAAGCAAAGGCAUGUUUGGCUCUAUGCUCUCUGGCAGCAGUGGUAAAUUCGUUGAACAUGACGACGUACGUAUAACAAUUCUCAUGACUACUUACUAUACUAACAGUACCACAGUGGUUCCACGACCGCAGAAUCUACCUCGAUGCUCUAGAGGCACAGCUAAAAGCUCUUCUCAAGGCUACUGA